GACGCAGUCAGCGACGACGCCAGCGGCGAGGCCUUGUUCGUCGACCAGGACCAAAUCAAGGUGGAGGAUGAGAGCCAGCACGAGGGCGACGAUGAGCUCAGUCAGGAGCAUGACUCGGAGACCGAUGAUGGGGGGGAAAGCGAGAGCGAGGAGAGUGAGGGGGGCGAGGAUGGAAGUGACGGCAGGAGCAGAACUAGGAGCGAUGCCGGCCGCGACGUCGAGUCUGAUGGCCGCCGGAACCCGCCAGAUGAUGCCCGCAGUGACGAUGACGAUUGCAGAAUGGUGGAAAGCCACGACAUCCCGGCCGAAACUAUGGCGAAAUUCGCCAACUACCAACCUCGACCACGCGACAUCCCAGAUAUCAUCUGCACCGGUUCAGUCAGGAUCAAAGCAGAACCCCAAGACGAUGACAUUGUCUCUUUGGUGUCAGAGUCUCACGAGAAGGAGGCUGACCCAGACUUUGUGGUGUCAGAAGACGCCAUUCUCUCUGACGGGGAGAGACCGAGAAAGCGUCGGCGCCCAGCCCCGAGUCGCCGUGGAAGACAGAAGAAAGGACCAGCCGGGACGGAGCGCCCAGGUCUCGGCAAUCGUGGGGAAAACAUCAGUAGUCUGGGUGACGGAGACUGGCACGAGCCACCGGAGGACGAAUUGGUUCGCUUAUACAUACGGCUAGACGAGCUUAACGACCUCAAAGCUCAAGGAUCCCUCACCUUCGCGGACAAGGUGGCUCUGGCCAAGACCUCCGCGAGGAUCGCCGCGAUCGAGCGCAUGGCAGAGCAACAAGGGCCCGGCUUAGACCUGGCCGGUGCCGGCGCCUCGGAGCCGACUCAACUGCAGCCCGGUGUUGCGAAAGCCAACAAACCCCGAAGACAACCAGCCCGGAACGCGAAGGAGUAUUGGGAACGCGAAUACGCGGAGAAAGGCUCUGGAUUGCGCAAUGUCCUGGACACACCACAUAACAGAAAGCGUCCGGUCGGCCAAGCACAGAAACGGGGCGCCACAAAGCAAGACAAAGCCAGAGAGAGCAAAUUGAUGCGGAUGUUGAAGGAUACUAACCCCAUCAUGGCGAGGGCUGCUCAGGGGGCUGUUGCCAUGCCCGGCCCGAUCCAGGCGACGAACCGGGUUGACCAACUCAAGGCCAUGAAAGAUUUCCUCUUCAAGAUCAGCAGCAAUCCCAACCCGCGGUCCAGGCCUGUGGAUCUGAAGAUCCUCAAUGAUGCCGCCCGAUCCUUUGGCUUCCGACAGGCUCGGGCAGUCAACGGCCAAUGGAAGCUCCCAGGCAUGAAGACGCUUCUGCACAACCAUCAGCUGGUGGGCGUUUCGUGGAUGCUUCGUCAAGAGUUCUCACCCCACGGUCCGUAUGGUGGGAUUCUGGGAGACCAGAUGGGGCUGGGCAAAACGGUUCAGAUGCUGGCGGCCAUGUCAGCCAACCGACCCAGCGAGGAGGACGUCCGGGCGGGACGCCACCAGACCUUGAUUGUGGCGCCGGCUAUUGCCAUCGACCAGUGGAAGAGGGAGAUACUGACACAUUGCGAAGAAUCUUUCAUUUCAAAAAUACACCACUUCAAGCAAAGCCAGAAGCUCGAAGAGUGGAUGUGGAAGAGCGCCGAUGUGAUCCUUGCGAGCUACCAGGAGGUCGCCAGAGCCUAUCCGUCUGAGAAGGAACUGAGAUGCCUUGCUGGCAGGAAGCUGGAUGGCGAGGAAUGGGCCAAGGAGUUCGAUGCGCUACUGGGCGAGCUCUUUGGCACCGAGUUCUUUCGCGUGGUGCUCGACGAGGGCCACGCCAUCCGAAACCCCAACACCAGAACCGCACAAGCAUGUAUCAAUCUUACGAGCAAGUACCGUUGGAUCCUGAGCGGGACUCCUCUCCACAACUCCGCGGGGGUCGCUCACAAGAAGAUGAGCACGUAUCUGGCAUAUCUAACCCGCUUGCGCCAGGCCGUGGCGCAUCCGCUCCUGCUCGAAGGCGUGCUGAAGGACAAUUUUACGCUUGAAGACUUCACGUACCUCCGCAAACAGCUCGCCGCUAUCGGCGGCAAGACGCCGAUGCACCGCCAAGUCCAGCACUGGGUGAACAUGGAGUACGAGGGCCGCACCGAGGCGGACGGUCUGGGCCCCACCUUUGGAAAGAGCCGCUUCGGAUUCGAAUUUGACAUGAACGAGGAACUCGCUGAGUUGGAAGCGGGAACGACGAUCCAAGAUGUCUUAUGCAGGGCUUGCUAUGAGCCUCCCGUGGACCCGCAAAUCACCGAGUGUGGACAUGCAUUCUGCAAGGAGUGCAUUACCGAGGCCCUCAAGGUGAGGCCAGCCUGUCCGACGUGCAGGGCGGCUAUCUACGGCGCGGUAGACCUGCAGGAGCCUGAGUGCGCCAGCGGCGAAGCUCUGAGUGACAGAGAAGCCGCUGAUGGGAAGUCGGCGAGGAAGACAAGGAAGAAGAGAAAGAAGGAGCGCCAGGUCGGAGACGACGAGAGAUGGGUCCAGCCCAAGAUGAAGGACCGCUCCAAGUGGAUUGAGCAAUACGACAAGAGCUUCCCUAACAAAGGACUGGUGGCCAGCGCCAAGACGAUCGCGGUGAAGAACCAGAUUCUGAUCUGGCAGCGGGAGGCGCCCGACGACAAGAUCAUCGUCUUCGUCAACUGGGCCAAGUUGGCCUGCAUCCUCGGGCGCAUGCUUUACGAGGAAGGCAUCCCCUUCCUCUACUACUUCGGCGACCUCAGCACAGACGACAAGAGCGGCGCGAUUGCCGACUUCCAAUACAAGCCCGACAUCAAAGUGCUGAUCUCCUCCCUCCGCUGCGGCGGCUUCGCCCUCAACCUGGCCUUCGCCAACCGCGUCAUCUCGGUGGACCAGUGGUGGAACACGGCGAUGGAGACGCAGGCGUUCGGCCGCGUGCACCGCAUCGGCCAGCGCAAGGAGACCCACUUCGUCAAGGUGGUCGUCAAGGACAGCAUCGACCAGGCGCUGCUCUCCAUGCAGGAGUCCAAAGACCGCGAGAUCGCGCGCGCGCUGCAGGAGGACCCGGGGCACAAGACCGCGCUCACGAUGGAGGAGAUUGCUAGGCUUUUUGGGAUUGGGGAGGAUAAGGAGGAUGGGGAGGAGGAGGAAGGAGAGGAGGAGGGGGCUCAG